GCUUUGUUUAUCGUCACACGACUUCCUCAAUUAUUCAGCACAUUACCACCUAUCCUGAUCGGUUGCCAUGUUCCGGAAAAAUAUUUUGGUAACCUUGCUUUGGGUUGUUUGUGUGGGGCUUCUGAUGUGCAGCUCCGCUGAGGCGGUUGUGCGGUCCUUCAAACUGCAGCGUCGCCUCGGGAUCGAUGGGAAGUGGAUCGACCUAGCGAACUUCACCCUCAAGCAGCUCUCCUCCCAGUCUCCUGUUCAGCUCAAACACACCCAAACCGGUAAGGAUAGCGUGCUCCUCUCCGAGGACGAAAAGCUCGCCUUCACGACGGUGAGUUUGGUGUACUACCGCGCCCUACCACAGUCGUCGGGAGGGGGCUCCCAGGAUGACGAGAACGCCGUGAUCGUGGUUGUCUCCCCGUGCACGAUCGUUCGCGGCUUUUUAGCGCAAGAUAGCACCACGGUCGUGCUCUACGAGCGGAUUAACAUCGUUCCGGGCUCCAACGCCUCACUUCUCGGGUUGCAGGUGUCGAGCGAAACGAAUCUUUUCCACGCGAAGCUGCAGAACGGCGACGAAUGCGACCUCCACGUCGUUCAGAAGCUCUUCCCAAAGGUGCGAAUCCAGCUCGUGCUUGAGAUCGCGCAGCCCGUCGACGUGUCGAAGACGAUUCGCUAUGAGGAUAUCGAGGAAUUGCGCACCCCGCAGAAAAUCAAUAAGGGGAAGGUGAAGACCGUGAUGAAGCGCGUGAAGAAUGACAACGGCGAGUGGGAAGAGCGGGAGGAGCCCGUUAAUGAACAGACGUUCUUGCAAAAGUACUGGCUAUACAUUGUUGUCUUUGUUGGGGUCUCUAUCAUGAAGAAUUUGUCGGCGUAGGAUCAAGGUGCGGCCUUUCGGGCGAGAGGGAGGGGGGUGCGUGUAUUGUCAUAUUAUAAAAUGGACUAAAUAGUGUGCAGAGGUGGAUUAGGUUUAAAAGCAUAUACUAACUACAUUUUACGGUGAUAAUUUGAACGCUGCUAACAUCCUUUCGGUCAGGAUAUCAUUUGAUAUCUCUUCCGGGCUGAUUUUCUUUCUUGCUUUGAACUACAGCACCAAGCUUUUCACAGCCUCUAUUUAACUUUUUUGUAUUUUUUCCUGAAUAGGGAAGCUAAUGCUCAUACAAUAGAGGCAAUCAUGCAUAGAGGGCUGUUUAGCUCCCAAGUAAAGCGAACCACCACCCCCAACACGAAGGAAUGACUAGUGAAAAGAUUUAAGUAGCUCCCUUUUCUUCCUCAGAUCACUUGACCCCUUUCAUUUGUGAUACCAAUGGAAUAGCUUACAAUAAUCUUAGGCUUGAUCGUCCCAAAUACAAUGCAUAGCGACAAACUACUAAGAGGAACUAACCUCUUUUGGCAUUUUAUUCCUUUUAUCUGCUGUUACUUCUCCCUUCAGUUUGAUUGAUGUCUGAACGUAUUCCGAAGAUCCUCUGACCUCCAUGAUGCUUGUCAUGAUAAGUGUGGUUGCUGGAAGAGCGAGAUCGAAGCACCUAUCGGUGGUUGUGCGUGUAAUGUCAUUCCUAAAUGCAUCCAUACAAACAUAAAA